AUGGCCACUGCUUCCAACCGCCACACCAACGGCCGGGCCUCGAAAAACCCAGCAGCCGCAGAGGUCCGCCGACGAGUGCACCAUGACGCCGAUAUCGUAAUAGUGGGAGCUGGAGUGCUAGGAUGUGCAUUGGCCGUGGCAUUGGGCAGCCAGGGGCGGAGUGUCCUCCUGCUCGAGGCCUCGCUCAAGGAGCCGGACCGCAUUGUCGGCGAGCUCCUGCAGCCCGGCGGUGUCCAAGCCCUGGAGAAGCUAGGCCUGCGAGACUGUCUAGAGGGCAUUGAUGCCAUCCCAGCAGAAGGAUACUACGUUACCUACUCCGGCGAGCCCGUCGCAAUUCCGUACCCCGUUCAGAACCCUGGCGCGCCGCCACCGGAGGGCCGAUCCUUCCACCACGGACGCUUCGUGAUGAGGCUGCGCGAGGCUGCGCGAGCUUGUCCGAACGUGACGAUUGUCGAGACCAAGGUUACAGAUCUGGUUACGUGCUCGCACACCAAGCAGGUUCUUGGAGUCGAGUGCGUGACCAAGGAGGCGAAGGACUGCUAUUUCGGCCAAUUGACCGUCGUUGCGGAUGGGUACGCCUCCAAGUUCCGGAAACAAUAUCAUCCAUACACACCCAAGGUGAAGUCGAAGUUUUGGGGGUUAGAACUCAUUGACGCGGAGCUGCCGCAGAAGCACUACGGCCAUGUCCUCCUUAACCCUGGGAGCCCACCCAUCCUCAUUUACCAGAUUGGAACCCACGAGACCAGAAUCCUUUGCGAUAUCCCCGAAAACCUACCCUCGGCGUCUGUCAAGAAUGGGGGUGUGAAGGGCCACCUGAGAAACACUGUUCUUCCGUCUCUUCCCAAGUGCGUCCAGCCGUCGUUUGCUGCGGCGCUCGACAAGGGCCAGUUGCGGUCCAUGCCGAACUCCUUCCUCCCAGGCGCGACGAACAAGACACCGGGAUUGCUAAUAGUAGGCGACGCGCUCAACAUGCGACAUCCCUUGACCGGCGGUGGAAUGACCGUCGCCUUGAACGAUGUCGUCCUCCUCCGCGACGUCCUCAGCCCCAAGAACGUCCCCAAUCUUAGCAACACCUCCCUCGUCCUCAAACAACUCUCUACCUUCCACUGGCGACGAAAGAUGGGCGCCUCCGUAAUCAACAUCCUAGCUCAAGCCCUCUACUCCCUUUUCGCAGCCGACGACGACAACCUCAAAGCCCUCCAACGCGGCUGCUUCGAAUACUUCACAAUAGGCAUGCACCGCCAACCCGUCAGCAUGCUCGGCGGCAUGCUCAAAAAGCCCCAGGUCCUCUUCGCGCACUUCUUCACCGUCGCCUUCCUCUCCCUCUGGAUGAUGAUCCGCGACUCGCCGCUGUACAUGCUCCCUGUGACGCUAAUCCGAUGCAUUCUCGUCUUCUGGACUGCCUGCGUCGUUAUCUUCCCAUAUAUGGUUAUCGAGGCGUUUUGCUAG